CGCCAUCAGGAGUGCAGAGCGCCCGGCGCACGAGGGAAGGAGGCUCAGGGAACCCGCCCCUCGCACCUGCAGAUUUCUCCCCUGGGCAGAAGGCAGCCGUCGGAGAAGUUGGAGGUGUCUUCCUGGAACUGUGAGCGGGACAGUUGGACGCCUUCGGUAGGGACGAGGUUUCUUCCAGACAUGGAUACAGUGGGGCAGAUCAUCUCCUUAGGCCUGUAUAUCUACAAACAGUGUGAAGAGAUGAAAUACUGCCAGAAACAGUGCCAGCGUCUAGGGAGCCGUGUUCAUGGCCUGCUGCAGCCUCUGCGAAAGCUCCAGGCCCAAGGAGAGGGGAACCUGCCCACUGAGAUAACCACUGCCCUGAACCGUUUCCAUGCUGUCCUCAAGGAAGCUCGGAGGCAGAUAGAUGAGUUCAGCAAUAAAUCCAAUAUCCGGAAGUUUCUAACAGCAGGACAUGAGAAAAUACUCUUCAGUGAAGUGAACGAAAGGCUGAGAGAUGUUGGGGAGGAGCUCUCGCUGCUGCUUCAGGUGGAUCAAUGGAUGCAUCUUUCAAGCAUCAACCAAAAAGCGUCCUGGCAACAGGAAGAUCAGCAGGAUGCAGAGGAAGACAUGCAAGUCUUCCAAACACCAAGAAGUGGAAGUGAAAUUAUAGAAGCUUCAUUGAGAAAAUUGGAAAUCGACAUGAAAGAAACCACCAAAAUCGUGAGGCAGUACCUACAGAAACCCGUGAAGGAGAUCCCACAUGAUCAAAUCAAGGAGAUUAAGAAGGAGGAGCUUUCAGGAUACGACUGGAUCCUACUAAGGAAAAACGAAUUCAGUGCACUUUAUAAGGGAGAAUACCACAAAUCUCCAGUGGCCAUAAAAGUAUUCAAUAAACCCCAGGCCAGAAGCAUUGGAAUAGUGAGGCAUACUUUCAAUAAUGAGAUCAGAGCCAUGAAGAAAUUUGAUUCUCCCAACAUCCUGCGUAUAUUUGGGAUUUGCAUUGAUGAAACAGUGACCCCGCCUCAAUUCUCCAUCGUCAUGGAGUACUGUGAGCUCGGGACCCUGCGGGAACUGCUGGACAGGGAAAAGGAGCUCAUGUUUGCUGUGCGCAUCGUCCUGGUCCUGGGGGCAGCCACAGGCUUGUACAGGCUGCACCAUUCUGAAGCAUCCACAGAACUCCACAGGAACAUCAGCAGCACGAGCUUCCUAGUGGCUGAAGGCUAUAAAGUGAAGCUUGCAGGAUUUGAGUUGAGCAAAACACAGACUUCCAUCAGUCGAGAAACUAAGGGAAAAGAAGCAGAGAGAGUCAGGUCUGCAGCAUACAUCUCACCUCAGAGACUGGAAAAUGUGUUUGAUAGAUAUGACAUAAAAGCUGAGAUAUACAGCUUUGGAAUCGUCCUCUGGGAAAUCGCCACUGGGAAGAUCCCAUUUGAAGGCUUUGAUUCCAAGAAGAUCUACCAGCUAGUGGCUGUGGACCGGUACCUGGAGCCUCUGGGUGAAGACUGCCCUUCACAGUUGCAGGAGAUUAUUGAUGAUUGCCGGGCAUAUGAGCCCUCCAGGCGGCCUUCUGCUAAAGAAAUCUUAGAGAAACUGUCGGCCUUUCACUAAGCUGUGUAUUGAAACUGAAACUAAGGGGUCCCUGGACAAGAAGCUGGAAGAGGCACAAGCUGGGCAUCUUUCUCAAAUCCUUUGGCAUGAAGUUAUUUAUGGGUGUAGGUUGGCAGCACUUUUCUGUUACAAAUAGAAAACAAUUCCAGUCAUAUAAAACAUAUCCCACUCCAAAUGAUAUUGUCAAAAAUAUACCUCUAGAGGCCAGCCUGGUGGCAUAGUGGUCAAGAGCGUGCGCUCUGCUUCGGCGGCCCAGGGUUCGCAGGUUCAGAUCCCGGGCGCGCACCAACACACCGCUUGUCAAGCCAUGCUGAGGUGGUGUCCCAUAUAAAGUAGAGGAAGAUGGGCAUGGGUAUUAGCCCACGGCUAGCCUCCCCAGCAAAAAAGAGGAGGAUUGGCAUCAGACGUUAGCUCACGGCUAAUCUUCCUCGCAAAAAAAAAAAGGAAGAAAAAUACACCUCUGAUAGUAACUAUGAUAGACUUUUUGCAAAAACAUAUCUCUCCCCGGCCAGCCCCGAGGCUUAGCGGUUAAGUGCGCGCGCUCCGCUGCUGGCGGCCCGGGUUGGGAUCCCGGGCGCGCACCAACGCACCGCUCCUCCGGCCAUGCUGAGGCCUGGUCCCACAUACGGCAACUAGAAGGAUGUGCAACUAUGACAUGCAGCUGUCUACUGGGACUUUGGGGAAAAAAAAGGAGGAGGAUUGGCCAUAGAUGUUAGCUCAGAGCCAGUCUUCCUCAGCAAAAAGAGGAGGAUUGGCACUGAUGUUAGCUCAGGGCUGAUCUUCCUCACACACACACAAAAAAACAUAUCUCUUUCUGUAUGCACAUCUCUUGGCAAUGUGACUUUACAGCUCCUCCCAUUAAGAAGUGGAGUCUGCUUCCCCACCAUUUGAAUCUGGGCUGGCAUUGUGACUUGCUUUGGCCAACAGAAUGUAGAAGAAGUGAUGGUGUGCCAGUUCCAAGCCUAGGUUUCAAGAGGCCUUACAAACUUCCACUUCCUCUCUUGAAACCCUACCCAGCCAUGAAUAAGCUGGGCUAGUUGCUGAAGGAUGAGAGACCACCUGUCCCAGCUGAGCUCAUACUAGACCAGCUAGCCCAGCACCUGACCCAGUCACAUGACUGAGUCCAGUCAAGACCAGAAGAACCAUACAGCUGUGUCGGCCCAAACUGCCCAUUCACAUAAUCACGAGUUUAAUAAAUUAUUGUUGUCUUAAGCCACUAAAUUUUGGGGUGAUUUGUUACACAAUGAUAGUAA